AUGUCUGACCAGGUACGGGGUCAGGCCCCUGGGGCUCAGGGCGGUCGGCCGCUGGCUGGGAUCCUGGAUCGAGGCGCGGGGGAGGGGGCGAGGCUGGGGAAGGGGGCCGCCCGCGGGGAGGGGGCCGCGAGGGACGCGCGCGCUCGGAGCGCCCGCCCGGCGGAGUCGGGCCGGGCCGGGCCGGGCCGCCCGGGACGGAGGGGCUCUCGGUUCCGCGCACCCUCCGCGGCCCUCUCCGAGCGAGGCCCCUGCCCCCACGCCACCCGGCGCCGGAUCUCUCUCUCGAGGGCUCGCCGGGGGCCCAGGCCCUCUCUCUUGUUCCUGAGAGCUAGCCGGGGGAAAACGACCGUUUCUCUUCCGAGGACCGCUGGCAGAAACGAGGCCCGAGGCCCAGAGGCAAAACCUUCAACUGAGGACUUAGGUGAUAAGAAGGAAGGAGAAUACAUUAAACUCAAAGUUAUUGGACAGGACAGCAGUGAGAUACAUUUCAAAGUGAAAAUGACAACACAUCUCAAGAAACUCAAAGAAUCAUACUGUCAAAGACAGGGAGUUCCAAUGAAUUCACUCAGGUUUCUCUUUGAAGGUCAGAGAAUUGCUGAUAAUCAUACUCCGAAAGAACUGGGAAUGGAGGAAGAAGAUGUGAUUGAAGUUUAUCAGGAACAAACGGGGGGUCACUCGACGAUGUAG